UGACUAUCGAACUUAGCAAAAAAAAAAAUAAAGUGUUUGUUGUAAACAAAAAGAGCGCGGAUUUGUGCUAAAAUGCACAUCAAGCAGAUUAUAAUCCAAGGGUUCAAGAGUUACAAGGAUCAGACAGUGGUGGAACCAUUCGACAAGCGUCACAAUGUCGUGGUGGGACGCAAUGGCUCGGGAAAGAGCAAUUUCUUUUAUGCUAUUCAAUUUGUUUUAAGCGAUGAAUUCACCCAUUUACGUCCAGAGCAGCGGCAGGCAUUGCUGCAUGAGGGCACGGGAGCUCGGGUAAUUUCAGCUUAUGUGGAAAUUAUAUUUGAUAACUCCGAUAAUCGUGUGCCGAUCGAUAAAGAGGAGAUCUUCCUGCGGCGUGUCAUUGGCGCCAAAAAGGAUCAGUAUUUCUUAAACAAAAAGGUUGUACCCCGCAAUGAGGUGGUUAAUUUAUUGGAAUCGGCUGGCUUCUCCAGUUCCAAUCCAUAUUAUAUUGUGAAACAGGGUAAAAUCAAUCAAAUGGCUACUGCGGCGGAUUCCUAUCGCUUGAAAUUAUUACGAGAAGUGGCCGGAACUCGUGUAUACGAUGAAAGGAAAGAGGAAUCUUUGAAUUUGCUGCGCGAAACCGAUGGCAAGGUGGAGAAAAUUUGUGAAUAUCUCAAGACGAUUGAGGAUCGGCUACAGACCCUCGAAGAGGAGAAGGAGGAGCUCAAAGAGUACCAAAAAUGGGAUAAGAAACGACGAACCUUGGAAUAUAUACGCUAUGAAACAGAAUUAAAGGACACACGCAAGGCUCUGGAUGAAUUGCUAUUGCAACGUAAAUCAUCAUCGGACAAGAAGAAAAUCUAUAAUAUAGAAAUCCAAAAGGCCCAGGAGAAAAUCAAAGAUGUGCAAAAGAACCUUAAAGAGGCCAAAAAGAAAGUUGUUGGCACAAAAGAAGAGCGUUCCGUUCUGAUGACCGAACAGCAACAGUUGCUAAGAGAGAAAACCAAAUUGGAUCUGACUAUUGUCGAUCUCAACGAUGAGGUCCAGGGCGAUAAUAAAUCCAAGGAGCGAGCCGAUCAGGAGCUUAAGAAUCUAAAAGUGACCAUUGCCGAAAGGGAAAAGGAACUGGAUGAUGUCAAACCUGAAUAUGAGGCGAUGAAACGCAAAGAGGACGAUUGUUCGCGUGAAUUGCAACUUAAGGAGCAGAAGCGCAAGGAGCUCUAUGCUAAGCAAGGACGUGGUUCGCAGUUCUCCUCACGCGAAGAUCGCGAUAAAUGGAUUCAUAAUGAGUUGAAGUCGAUCAGUAAACAAGUUAAGGAUAAAAUUAAUCAUCACUCCAAGCUGGUGGAGGAUUUGAAAAAGGAUGCCACCUCCGAGGAGGAGUUGGGUCAAAAAAUUGAGGAGCAUUCCUCGGAGCUGGAGCAGCAGCGACUACAAAUCGAUGAGCAUAACAAGAAAUAUUAUGAGCUAAAGAAAACCAAGGAUCACCAUCAGUCCAUGCGAAACGAACUGUGGCGCAAGGAGACACAAAUGACCCAGCAAUUGCAGACGCAGAAGGAAGAGCUCUCCAGGGCAGAUCAGGCAUUGCGCAGCAUGGCUGGCAAACCCAUUCUGAAUGGCUGCGAUUCGGUGAGAAAAGUCUUGGAUAGCUUUGUGGAGCGCGGCGGACAAUCGGCGGAGAUUGCACGUGCCUAUUAUGGGCCCGUGAUUGAGAAUUUCAGUUGCGACAAGACCAUUUAUACGGCUGUGGAAGUCACAGCGGCUAAUCGUCUAUUCCAUCACAUUGUCGAGUCCGAAUAUGAGGGAACCCAAAUUCUGAAGGAGAUGAACAAACUGAAGCUGCCCGGCGAGGUGACCUUUAUGCCCCUCAAUCGUUUGCAGGUCAAGAUACACGAUUAUCCAGAUGAUCCCGAUUCCAUACCCAUGAUAUCCAAACUUAAGUACGACGAACAGCACGACAAGGCGUUGAGAUAUAUAUUUGGCAAGACAUUGAUAUGCCGUAAUCUGGAGCGUGCCACCGAAUUGGCCAAAUCCACUGGUCUGGAUUGUGUCACCCUGGACGGAGAUCAAGUAUCGUCAAAGGGCUCUCUAACUGGUGGCUAUUUCAAUACAUCCCGAUCCCGGCUGGAGAUGCAAAAGAAGCGCACCGAGUACACUCAACAAAUCACCGAAUUCGAAAAGAAGCUGAGCAAAUUACGCAAUGAGCUUAAAUCCACAGAAAAUAACAUCAACUCGAUUGUCUCCGAAAUGCAAAAGACCGAAACGAAACAGGGCAAGUCGAAGGAUGUCUUUGAGAAGGUUCAAGGUGAGAUUCGUUUAAUGAAAGAGGAACUAAUGCGCAUCGAGAAAUAUCGAGCGCCAAAAGAGCGCUCCCUGGCUCAGUGCAAAGCUUCACUGGAGGCCAUGAAUAGCACUAAAGCCAGCCUGGAGGCCGAACUCAAACAGGAAUUGAUGUCAACACUGUCAGUGCAGGAUCAGCGUGAGAUAGAUCAACUCAAUGAUGACAUCCGCCGGCUGAAUCAGGAGAACAAGGAGGCCUUCACCAAGCGUAUGCAGUUGGAAGUGCGUAAAAAUAAGCUUGAUAAUCUGCUGAUUAAUAAUCUGUUUCGGCGACGCGAUGAACUUAUCCAAGCCCUGCAGGAGAUUUCUGUCGAGGAUCGCAAACGCAAGCUGAAUAACUGUAAAACGGAGCUUGUGAGUACUGAGAAACGGAUCAAGAAGGUCAAUAGCGAUCUUGAGGAGAUCGAGAAGCGUGUCACUGAGGCGGUGCAAUCUCAAAAGGAACUGCAGCAGGAGCUUGAGCUCCAUGUGCGCAAGGAGAAGGAAGCCGAGGAGAAUAUUAACAAGGACUCUAAGCAGCUAGAGAAGUGGACCACCAAGGAGAAUAUGCUCAAUCAGAAAAUCGAUGAAUGCACUGAGAAAAUUGCUAGCCUGGGAGCCUUACCGCAAGUAGAUCCGGCGUAUCAUCGCAUUUCGCUUAAGCACAUCUUUAAGGAACUGGAACAGGCCAAUCAGCACUUGAAGAAGUUCAAUCAUGUCAACAAAAAGGCUUUGGAUCAGUUUCUCAGUUUUUCCGAGCAAAAGGAAAAACUGUAUCGCCGCAAAGAAGAGUUGGAUAUCGGCAAUCAAAAGAUUCUUUUACUCAUACAGUCGCUAGAAAUGCAAAAAGUUGAAGCGAUACAGUUUACGUUCCGUCAGGUGGCCCAGAAUUUCACCAAGGUCUUUAAGAAACUGGUGCCCAUGGGCGCCGGUUCGCUUAUUCUCAAGACCAAGGAUAACGAAGGCGAGGAGGCCAUGGAACAGGAGGUCGCCAAUUCGGAUGCCUUCACUGGUAUCGGCAUACGCGUCUCGUUUACUGGCAUCGAUGCCGAAAUGCGAGAAAUGAAUCAACUAUCCGGCGGUCAAAAAUCUCUGGUAGCCCUGGCACUUAUUUUUGCUAUACAGAAAUGUGAUCCGGCUCCAUUCUAUCUAUUCGAUGAGAUCGAUCAGGCUUUGGAUGCCAUGCAUCGGAAGGCUGUAGCCGAUAUGAUACACGAGCUAAGCGACACUGCACAAUUCAUCACUACCACUUUCAGGCCGGAGCUUUUGGAAAAUGCCCACAAAUUCUAUGGCGUUCGUUUCCGUAACAAAGUUAGCCACAUUGAUUGUGUUACACGGGAUCAGGCCAAGGACUUUGUCGAAGAUGAUAAUACCCAUGCUUAGAUUACCAAUCCUCAUUAUUAUCAACAUUAGUGGCUACACAUGCACCUGCCCAUUAGAUUCGACUCCCCGCCAGAUCCAGUCUCUUCGUAACCACCCCAUCCCCCCUUCAAAACCUUAGGCUUUAGCGAUGGACUAAUAUUUUUCGAGUAGAAGCUCCAAUUAUACUAACUUAAAGUUCUUAAGCGUCCAUUUCAUUCAUAAGAUGCUUUACCUCCCAUUCUUAAGCAUUUUUUCCUUCUUAUUUUUUUUUUUUGCAUAGCAGUAAGAUUACUAUAUUCAUAUAUAUCUAUAGAGAUACAUAUAUAUGUUGUGUGUAUUGUCUGGAUUUCCUUAAACGAAUGCUAUUAAUGCUUUUAAACUAAGAGUAACAGUUCGAUCCGUUUUUAUUUUCAUCGAUGCUAAUCCCAGUAGGGUAUUUUUUCGUUUUCCUUUCGAUGGCAAGAAUGUAAAAAAGAAAAAAAAAACAAAACAUUUUACUGUUAGAUUAUCUGUUUAGCUUAUAGAUAUGUCCUUCACUCUCUUAAUAUUUUGUGUAUCGUAAUUUAUCAAUUGAAUCAUCUCCCCUCCCCUUCCCCCCAUAACAAAUUCAAUAUGUCAUAGAGAAAUAUAUAUAAAUAUUAUUAAAAUAGCAUUAGGAAAAAGUUGUUAGUUUAAGAAAAUUGUGUAUUUCCCCCAUAUCAAACAAUAUUGUAAUAAAAUUUCAAAUAUUUUCGACUUCUU